AUGGCGCCUUCCGGCAGCGUAGAGCACACACUCACGCUGGAUCCAGCGGACGUUGCCAAGCGCCUCUCCGUAGUCGGCAAUGCGUGGAACAACUCUGAGAUGCACGAUGUUGUCGUUGUCUACAACCGUGCGCCGAAGAAGGUAAUGAUAUGCUCGUCUAAGACCGAUGAAUCGAUACGGAAAGCGCGAGAGGAGCUUGUUGAGCUCAUAAAGGAGAAGUAUGACUGCGUAGUCAUGGUUCACGACCGUCUUCUCCCCUCCGUCAAGGCCGAGACUGAUCAGCUUUGGGGUGAGGUACACAAUCCACGCUCUGGCCCUGCUGCCUCUAGGAACCAGGACGAUUCGAGUCGGGUGGAGUAUAGAGAACUCGAAGUCGAUGACGUGGAACUGAUAAUCGCAAUAGGAGGCGACGGAACCAUCCUGAAGGUCAUCAAGAUGUUCCCGCACGUGAUACCGCCAGUUAUCGGCCUCUCAAUGGGCUCCAUGGGUUACAUGGCCAAGUUCAACAUGGCGGAGGUCAAGGAAACUCUCAUGAGCAUUUGUGAUGCCGGCAUCACGGUGUCUAGACGCAGCCUGUUGCGCGUGGAGGUUUUCAGUGACACAGGUGAACUAAUAGCACGCAGAAACGCACUCAACGAGUGUGUCAUCGACCGGGGGCUCUCGCCAUGCAUCACAACGCUCGACGUGUACUACCAAGGGGCAUAUUUCACGACAGUGAUAGGGGACGGUGUGCUCAUCAGCACACCCAGCGGGUCCACGGCCUACUCCAUGGCGGCUGGCGGACCAAUUGUGCAUCCGGCGGUGCCGUCCAUGCUGUUCACCGUCAUAUGCCCGCAUUCUAUUUCCUACAGGCCGGUUAUAUUACAGAGAGAGGCCGUACUGGACAUCAUUGUGCCGCCAGACAACCGGGGUGACGUCAGGCUGUGCGUGGACGGAAACUACCACUGCAGCCUCAAGCAGGGGUCUUACGUGCGCAUCACGCCCGCCGCCCAGGCGUUCCCACUGGUCCUGCCAAACAACACGCACACCGGUGACGAGUGGAUUAGGUCGCUCAGGGAACACUUGCACUGGAACUUCAGGAUCCGACAGCAGCAAAUUGCGCCACGGCUCCAAUUGUCGCAAUCCCUCGUGGAACAAAGAUUUAGCACCAUAAGUUAG